AUGCCAACUCCACCUUUGCUCACACACAAUAACCGUGAGUUUGUGGAUUUUGAAAAAUCAAAUGAGGUGGACCAAAGAGCGGAAACAUAUGGAACAGUUGAGGCUUUUCUCAGCAAAUACGCGGAUCCGAAAUUAGCGACGCCUAUUAAAACUUUGUUGAUCGCUAAUAAUGGAAUGGCAGCAUUCAAGUGUGUUAUGUCCAUCAGACGUUGGGCCCAAGAGACAUUCAAAGAUGAUCGUCUCUUUAAAUUUAUUAACUUAACUACUGAACAAGAAAUUUCCUCAAAUCCAGAAUAUUUGAAAAUGAUUGACAACUUUGUGUUCUCGGAAUCGGGUGCAAACGAAAAUAACUAUGCAAAUGUUGAUGAUAUACUGAAACACGCUGUGAGUAACAAUGUGGAUGCAGUUUGGGCUGGUUGGGGACAUGCAUCAGAAAAUCCUGAUUUACCAAAUGGUCUAAAAAAACAUAAUAUUUUGUUCAUGGGCCCCCCUGGGUCGGCAAUGUUCACUUUGGGAGAUAAAAUUGCUUCAACAAUACUUGCUCAGUCAGCAGGUGUUCCUGUAGUUCCUUGGUCCGGUAAUGAUAUAUUUUUGCCCAAAGAAAUGUGCGAAAAAAAAGGAACUGAUAUAGAAGUUACACCAGAAAUGCGUACAGCAGCUUGUGUUUAUGACCAUGAAGAAGCUCUACGCGUCAUGAAUGAAAAAAAAAUUCCAUAUCCUGUUAUGAUCAAAGCUUCAGAAGGGGGUGGUGGCAAAGGGAUUCGAUUAGUGCGUAAUGAAUCUGAUUUAGAAGUGAAUUUUAGAAGAGUGCAAGCAGAAGUGGCAGGUGGGCAUAUUUUUCUGAUGCAUUGUUUGGAAGAUGCUCGUCAUAUUGAAGUGCAACUUUUGGGUGAUAUGUAUGGCGAGGUAAUAGCUUUGAGGACACGAGAUUGUACAGUUCAGAGGCGAUGUCAAAAAAUAAUUGAAGAAGCUCCUGCAAUUGCUGCACCUUUAGCUGUCCAAAGAAGUAUGGAAUCGGAUGCAGUUCGUUUAGCUAAAAUGGUUGGAUAUGUUAGUGCAGGCACUGUGGAGUAUUUAUUUUUGCCAAAAACCAAUGAAUAUUUUUUUUUGGAACUCAAUCCGAGGUUGCAGGUUGAGCAUCCACUGAGUGAGAUGUUAACAAAUGUGAAUUUACCAGCUGCGCAAUUACAAAUUGCGAUGGGAGUACCGUUACAAUGUAUUAGCGAAGUGCGUUUGUAUUAUGGUAAAAGUCGAUAUGGCACUGAUAAAAUUCCUUUUCAUCUGAUAUAUCCACAUUGUGAUAAACAUGUUGUUUCUGUACGGAUAACAAGCGAAGAUCCUGAAGAAAAUUUUCGACCAGCAUCUGGUGAAAUAACUAAUUUAAACUUUCGUUCUACCCAGUUCGUUUGGGGAUAUUUUUCACAUGUUGGCGCAGGAUCCCUUCAUGAAUUUGCUGAUUCACAGUUUGGUCAUUUAUUUGCUACAGGAUCCACAAGGCAUUUAGCCAUUUCUAAUAUGUUGAAUGCGCUUCAAGAACUGCAGCUUCAGUCAAAGUUUCCUGUAACAUUACCCUAUCUAAUUUCUUUAUUCAAAGACUGUGAAUUCGAGCAAAAUAAAAUCGAUACCACGUGGUUGGAUCGUCGAAUAGCCUCUAAGAAGCACACAGUUGAGCUUCCACCAUUGCCAAUGGCUGUUGCUUAUGGUUCCAUGUUGAUAGCGCAUUCAAAAAUAACGGAAGCAUUUAGUGCUUUCACUAACGCUUUAAGCAGAGGACGUAUUUUGCAGCCCUCUGACCUUACUGAAACUCAUCAAGUGGAGCUAGUUUUUAAUAAUAUCAAAUACAGUGUAACCGCCACGCGUACUUCUAAUUUUGAAUAUAUGAUUAAAAUGAAUGGUCGAUGUGUUCCUGUCGAAUAUCGUGAAUUGCGAAACGGUACAUUGUUGUUGAAAUACAAGGAUAGAUCACAUCCGUGUUACAUGGAAGAAGAAAUUGAACGAUACAAAAUUCACAUUGGACGAAUGCAGAUAAUAUUUGAAAAGGAAAAUGAUCCAACUGUAUUACGAUCAUCUUGUGCCGGCAAAUUAUUGUCAUAUGAAGUAGAAGAUGGAGAGCUCCUUCUACCGGGUCAGAUAUAUGCAAGUAUGGAGAGCAUGAAAGUUGGAGGACGUUUUAAGAAAAUUGCGCAACCCGGGCAGAUGCUGCAUCCAGGAACAUUAGUUGCUCGUUUAGAAGCACAAAAUCGUUUAACAGUUACUAAACCUGUAGAUUUCGAGGAUUCAUUUAUUGAAUGGACACAGAGUCUCACAAAAAAGUCACCUAUAAAUAUGUAUUUUACAAAUAUCGUUAAUGAAUUACAUAAUGUUUUUGAUGGUUAUUGUAAAACAGAGCCAACAUUUUCAACUUAUGCUGAUAGUUUGGUAGAUUCACUUUUUUCUGUGCUCGGUGAUAAAUGUCUACCUUAUGAGCAGCUGCAGCAAAAACUCGCUGUUUUAAAGAAUCGUAUGAAACCAAAGAUAUUAAAUCAGCUCAGUAAAUUUCUUGAAGUUCAGGCAGAAAAUUUUCCUGCGAAAGAAAUUUGUAAUGUCAUUGAGGAUUAUCUAGAUGAUUUAGAUCCUCAAAAAGCUAAGGAGGAGAAAAUGAUAUUCGAGCCAAUAACAAGAGUUUUAGCAAGAUUUGAAAAUGGUUGCGAAGGUCAUACAGCCUUAAUUUUGGACGAUGUCCUUGGUCAUUAUUACAAAAGUGAAUUAUUUUUUCAAGAAGAUCAGUAUGACAAAUCUGUCACGAAGCUUUUAUCGCAGAUUAGUGAUACGGAACGAUGUGUUAGGCUGAUUUGCUCUCAUACAAAAGUUAAUGAAAAGAAUCUGUUGUCCAUGAAGAUUUUGCAGUACAUUAGUAAUAAUCGCCGUUUGAUAUUACGGAUAUCUCCUGUAUUAGAAAAAAUUGCUAGUUUUGUCAAAAGUGAGAAUUUGGAAUUGGCACAUGCUGCUAGAACAUUGUUGAUUGAAGCGGAAACACCGACAUAUUCAGAAAUUAAAAUUAGAGGUUCAUCACCAAGUCCAACGAAUCUUGAGAAAUAUGAUAUAUUAUAUGAAAUGUUUGAGAGUAAUUUUGAUUCAGUGUUGAAAUACGUGACAGUAUGUUGUGGAGUUCCAGAAACUUCUAUCACACGAUUAAAUGAUGGUCAUUGCAAUGACAUACAAUUUCCAAUUCCAAUACAGAAGAUUGCCCAUGGACUUGGCUUACCGAAUGACGAAGUGGUGGAAAUCAGCGUUACAAUGCGUGUUACGGGUGAUGUAGCAGAUAUUGUUGAGCGAUUGCCUCAAGUAGCUUCGAAGGUUCUGCAGCCAAAUUCAACACUUUAUAUCGUUUCGCAAACUGAUGCUGUACGGUCUGAUGCAAAUUUGGAUAAAAAGUUUUCAGUAACUUUAAAGGAAGCUGUGAGCCGCGUUCAAAAUGAAAAUAUUCGUCAAAUUGUAGUUUUAAUAUCAUCAUCUGAUUCAUAUCCAAUGUUUUUUUAUUACGACAUGAGCAACAAAGAAGAAAUUCGUUCGCAGCGUAAUAUUGACUUGGCUCAUUUAUCUAAACUCGGUUUACAUCGUAUCAAAGAAAAUUAUAACGUUAAACUUGUUGAUCUACUAUUGCAGAUUGACAAAUUGAAGUCUUCUCAUAAUUCGGGUCAUUUAUAUAAAGCAGAAAGUAAAGCGGAUCCAACCGAACACCGAUUUUUUUAUCGUGCUGUGGUUCGAGUUGUUGACAAUUAUACAUCAGAAGAGGUGACGUGUAGUGUCAUCAAAGCUCUGAAGCGUGCUUGUUGCGAAAUUGCAGUUGCUUUGUAUCGUUCAAAUACGAUUGAUCGAAAUCACGUUUUAUUGUUCAUCCAUCGUACCCCAUCUAAUAAAAAAAUACGAAUGAGCCGUGCUGAUUGGAUAAAUGUCAUUUAUAAAGCUUAUCGAGAAUGUAAAGAUUUUCUUUGGAGAUCACGUGUAAAUCAAGUGGAGUUUGAUUUCAUUUUGUUUGGCGAACGUAGAAGCUUCGAACAAGCAACAAAAGUAAUUAUAACGGAUGAUACUGGUUUCACGCCGUUUAUUAGAGUGUUACGUGCUGAAGCAAGUAAUGAAAAUUCAAGAAAAAAGAAAUGGCUUCAUGUAAAUGCAGGAAUGGAUGGUUUCAAACAUGGUCUUGAAAUAAUGGUUGAUAGUCGGAGAAAUACUGAUUGGAAUCCGUUCACUGAUCCAUAUCUGGGUAGAUCUGAAAUCGAUAAACGGCGUCUGAAAGCUCGUGUAUUAAAAACUACCUACGUUUACGAUUAUCCGUUACUUUUCCAACGUGCAGUAAUAUCCACAUGGCUAACACCUGAAGAGUCACAAAAACCGCAUAAUUUGAUGCUUGAGGAACUGUGUCAGUUUCAUGAAUUGGUUUACAACGAAGAUUCUCAGCAGCUAGUCGAACUUGAUGAAGCUGGUUCUUUAAGUAAAAUUGGAAUGGUUGCUUGGCGUGUACGACUGGUUGUACCUGAGUACCCUGAAGGACGAGAAGUUAUCGUCAUUGCAAAUGAUAUAUCCCAUCAAAUUGGUUCUUUUUCUAUGCGUGAGCAUCGGCUGUACUUUGAAGCUUCUAGGUUAAGUCGAAAGGAAGGAAUACCGCGGAUAUAUAUUGCUGCUAAUUCAGGUGCAAGGAUUGGCUUAUCGGCUGAUCUGAAAAGACAUUUCAAAGUGAUUUGGAAAAAUGAAAGUAAUCCUGUAGAAGGUUUCGAUGGACUAUACUUGACUGAUGAAGACAUUUGUGAACUUCGUCAAAUUGUCGUUACACAUCGCAGGAAUGGUUUCCAUCAAAUUGAUGGAAUUAUUGGGAAAGAGCGUGAUCUCGGAGUAGAAAAUUUGGUUGGUUCUGGGAUGAUUGCUGGUGAGACAUCGCGUGCGUAUAAUGAAGUAAUAACUUACUGUUUGGUUACUGGACGUACUGUUGGAAUCGGUGCAUAUGUUGCCCGGCUUUCAAGGAGAAUUUGUCAAGUUGAAAAUGCAGAUAUUAUAUUAACUGGUGCUCCAGCUUUGAACUCCGUACUCGGUCGAGAAGUAUAUACAUCCAAUGGUCAGUUGGGAGGUACGGAAAUAAUGACUCGCAAUGGUGUCACACAUUCAACUGUAAGCAAUGACUAUGAAGGAGUACGUCAACUGCUGAGGUGGCUUUCUUAUACAAGGAAGAGUGUGGAGGCCCCGUUCAAAGAACCAGACUUCAGUUGCUGUGAUGAUCCUAUUGAUCGAAAGCUUAGUUUCAUACCAUCACAAAGCAAAGAAAAUGAUCCGCGUCUACUGAUGACGAUGUUUGAUCACGAUACUUUUGAAGAAAUUAAACCAAGUUGGGGAAAAACAGUAAUUACUGGUCGAGCACGAUUAGGUGGUAUCAAUGUUGGCGUGAUUGCCGUUGAAACUAGAAGUGUUUUUGCAGAAAUUCCAGCAGAUCCAGCGGCUCCAGAUUCACAAGUAAAAAGUAUCCAGCAAGCAGGUCAAGUAUGGUAUCCUGAUUCUGCUUAUAAGACUGCUGAAGCGAUUGAAGAUUUCAAUAAGGAAUCUUUACCUUUAUUUAUUUUGGCGAAUUGGCGUGGCUUUAGUGGUGGUCAGAAAGAUAUGUUUGAAAUGGUCCUCAAAUUUGGUGCCUAUAUAGUUGAUCAGUUAUGUAAAUAUCUAAAUCCCGUUAUUGUCUACAUUCCGCCGUACGGAGAAUUGCGUGGUGGAGCCUGGGCAGUAAUUGAUACUACCAUAAAUCCUGUUUGUAUGCAGAUGUUUGCUGACCCAAGAUCGCGUGGAGGCAUUCUCGAACCCGAAGGAGUUGUUCAAGUCAAGAUGCGUAAGGAUCUCGUACCAUUGAUGCAACGACUGGACCCAGAAAUGGUUCGGUUGAAAAUGCUAGAAAAAGAUGGACAUGAUGUGAAAGUUGAAAUGAAUGCUCGUAUCGAAUUAUUAAUGCCAACCUAUCGUAAUAUAGCUUUUACAUUUGUUGAUUUACACGAUACAACAGCACGUAUGAAAGCUGUCGGUGCAAUUAAGGAAGUAGUGAAAUGGGAAGAAUCGCGAGGUUUUUUCGCUCGUCGUCUUUCAAGAUUGUGCAUCGAACAAGAUAUUUAUAAAGAAACUGGCAGUGUAAAGAGUUUGGAAGAUCUUGGAAAGAUGCAAAGAUCUUUACUACGGUAUUUUAAAAAAACGCGUGGCGAAACGUUUUUGUGGGAUAGUUAUCCAGAUGAAGACGCCAUAAGAGUUCUGAAGCAAGAAAGGAAGCAAAUUUUGCAAUUUUUAGUGGGGAAUGAUUUCUUCAGAAUUGGAGAACGCUAUGGAAUACCUCCUGAAAAGCUGGAAGAUUUCGCGAAAGAAUGCGAUUCACUAAUGCGGGAAAGAAAAAUGGCCGAUUGUGAUCGUUUAUGA